AAACCAAACAAAUAAAACUAGACCAACAUGGAUCCACAAAGCCCACCGUCGACGAUUAUCCGACAUAAGUCAAAACAACGGAAUGAAAGUGGCAGGUCGGCUAAAGAUGCUCCCUCAGGAAUCCUGCGAUUGGACGCGGGUAAACCGAGAAGGCUUCCUACUGAAUUUAAAUUCAAUCAGAAGAAGGUUGUUUCUCCUCAGCCGUCCGUGGACCGCUUGUCUGUUAAAUUUGCAAACGACUCUUUAAAAUCCGAUUUUUCAAAGUCGACUAGCAAUUUCGCUCUCGGCAAGAUGCAGCAGCAAUCUUUGCAACAUCAGCAGGAUAGAGUCCAAUUUCCAGAACAACCUGUUAUAGAUGGCAACGAGUCCGACGAAGACGAUUACUCUGCCAGUGUCAACGCCAUCAUUCAGAGGCGCGCCUCGACGCGCCGCUCUAAAAAACAGAGCCGUAGAGCAUCAAGCCCUUUCCUAUCCGAAACCCCCGCUCCUGAUCGACGUCGUUCCUCUGUAUUUACCACCAGUUCAGGAGAUACAGCCAUUACUGUGGAAGAUGAAAACGCGGCGAACGAAGUAACCCAGGAUGAAAUAUUUGAAAAUAUCAAAUUGCACAAAGAAGUGCUCAGCAAUGUAAAGAUGCAACCGUGGAAUAUGAGGAAAAAGCUUAAACUCGUUUUGCAAGCAAAAUCAUAUAUCAAAAAGCACGAAGGACAGCUACAGGAGCGAUUGGCUCAAAGCCAUUCUACCAAAGAUAUGUUGGCAAGAUGGAACAUAGUGGUAAUUAAGAAAUGGCAGAAAUGGAAAAGAGAAAUAACAAACAUGUCCAUGUGGUUCAUUCCAUGGGAGUUGAAAAUAAAGGAAAUUGAAUCGCACUUUGGUUCUGUUGUGGCGUCUUACUUCAUUUUCUUAAGAUGGCUAUUUUGGGUCAACAUAGUUAUAGCUGUUGUGAUAAUUUCAUUUGUGACUAUUCCAGAGAUCAUUACUGCCGAUACUGAAGCGGAAAAAGAUCGAAAAUUUGUCCUACCCGAAGAAAAGUACAACUCGACUAAUUUCUUAACUCUAUGGGACUUUGAAGGGGUGUUUAAAUAUUCUCCGUUAUUUUAUGGGUGGUACACCAAUCGAGAUUAUAACGAUUCUACCGUACUGACUACUUCUGAUGGCAAAAUAAGCCAUGGACGUGGAUAUCGAUUACCAUUUGCCUACUUUGUUACAGGAUUGGUAGUUUAUGCCUACAGUUUCUUUGCGAUAUUGAGAAAAAUGGCGGAAAAUUCCAGAAUGUCCAAGUUAUCAGAAAAAGACGACGAAUGUAUUUUCUCCUGGAAACUGUUCACGGCUUGGGAUUACAUGAUUGGAAAUGCCGAAACGGCACAUAACAGAGUCGCUUCGAUUGUGAUGGGAUUCAAGGAGGCCCUAUUAGAGGAAGCAGAAAAAAAGAGGGACUGGAAAGUUAUCUGCUUUCGGGUGCUCGUGAAUAGUUUGGUUGCGGGACUGCUUUCUUGUUCCGCUUUUGCCGUCAUUGUAGUGGUGAAAAGAUCCACGGAACCGGAUGCUGAUAGCACUGUCUGGCGAAAGAACGAAAUUACAGUCGUUAUGACUCUAAUUACUCUGUCAUUUCCAAUGCUAUUCGAGGUAUUGGGCUUCGCAGAACAGUAUCACCCCAGGAAACAGUUGAGAUUGCAACUGGCGCGAAUAAUGGUACUCAAUCUACUCAACUUGUAUUCCCUCAUAUUUGCCCUUUUUGAUAAAAUCAGCGAUAUGACAAUUCUUCUUCAAGAAAUCAAAACCAACUUGUCCAAAACCCAACUAACCAACCUUACUUUAUAUUCCAUGCCAAUUUCUUCGGAAGUAACCCAGUCUUCGGAUUUUUUCAGUUCAGGCACACCAUGUGUGUGUACCAAGAACUUUAUUUCCGAUCCAACAGUUACCUCUUUUGAUUUGGUCUCAAGUUGGGCCACAACUCUUUCAGCAUUAGCUUUGCCAACACUCAAUCACAUCGCAAAAAGUUUUAUAAAUAAUCGGACCGACGUUGCUGUUAAUCUCAUUGAAAGAGAAAUGACGUCUAAUAAUUCGCUUCCUUUGCCUGAUGAAGGAUUUGCUUCAAGCGUCGAAGUUUCAACUGGUCCAACCACCUUUACGACAUAUUUUGAGAACUCAACUUUGCUUUCAAAUGAUAAUAAUACUACUGAUAUUAGUAGUCCUGAGCUCUCCGUAAACGAUCUUAAAGAUAUUUUUGUCGAUUAUCUCACAUUCAUUUUAUCCCCGUUCGAUUUUGUGAAUGCUUCCAGCUUGGAAUCCUCGGAGUUUCAAAAUUUGAGUGCCACAAAUUCGGAUUUGCAAAAUUUUACGUUUGAACCGGGUUCCACUAUAGCUUCAACUUAUUUUGACUAUUUUAAAACCACCUUGCGACCUGUCUUCAAUGUUACAAAUCCCCAUGAAGAAGAACGUUUCGACGUGGAGCUGUCCACUUUGUACGAAACGAUUAGUACAACUAUAUCGAGCUUUUUGGACGUUACUAAUGCAACUUAUUCCACCGAAAUUUCCACCGAUACAAAUUCAGAAGAGAGCAGCAAUUCGUAUUGCCAAAGAUACUGCCAAAGUAAUGAAAGCAUGACGUCGAGUACUACAGUUUCUAGCAUUUCCAUAACGUCUAUCAGUUAUGGAGAAAUUGAGAAUAGAAAAAUUCGAAAUUAUACUUUAAAUGCUAAACUGCGUAGUUUAUGCUGGGAAACGAUGUUUGGACAGGAGCUUAUUAAGCUGACUUUGAUGGAUCUCAUUGUAACUGGACUUUCCAUUUUGAUGAUGGACUUCUUCAGAGGUAUUUUUGUCAGAUUUAUGAAUCGAUGUUGGUGUUGGGAUUUGGAGAAAAAUUUUCCCCAAUAUGGCGACUUUAAAGUUGCUGAAAAUAUUCUACACUUAGUUAAUAAUCAAGGCAUGGUUUGGAUGGGAAUGUUUUUUUCUCCCGGCUUAGUGGUGUUGAAUGUAAUAAAACUCUUCAUUCUCAUGUAUUUACGAACUUGGGCAGUGCUCACAUGCAAUGUGCCACACGAAAUAAUUUUCAGAGCAUCGAGAUCUAAUAACUUUUACUAUGGAUUACUCCUAAUGAUGUUGUUUCUUUGUGUUUUGCCUGUGGGAUAUGCCAUCGUCUGGAUAGAACCUUCAUGGCAUUGUGGUCCCUUUUCAGAUUACCAAAAAAUAUUCCAUAUUUUUACCAAAACUAUCAGGGCCAAUGUUCCCGAAUCAAUGCACAGGGCUUUGGACUACAUCGCAUCCCCCGGAAUUGUUAUUCCGCUCUUAUUACUUCUCGUGCUGAUUAUUUACUACUUAGUGUCUCUAACGGGUGCUCUGAGAGAAGCUAACAAUGAUUUGAAGACUCAAUUAAGACGAGAGCGUACAGAGGAAAGACGGAAAAUGUUCCAAUUGGCCGAUCGAAGAAGAAGAGGUGGAUCUGGAGAAUCGGCAGAUCAAACUCCAUUUUCAAAAUGGAAAAAAAUAUUGGGCAAUUUACCUACUACUCAAAGUUGCGAUGAUACCCGUCAAGAAUCUGAUGAUAUUGUCCCUAGUCAACGUGAUGAUUAUGAAGAAGAGGAGGAGGAAGAGGAGAUUGAAAAAGUGGAAAAUAGAGGAAAAGUAUUCUUCGCGAGACUAAUAAAAAAAGCUCUUGGUAAAUCGUCAUCAGAUGAAGAGCAAGAUGGUACAGACACUGACCAGCAUGAUUCUCUACCUUAUGACAACUCAAAAGAUGUGGUGGGCAAAGCUGUAUCCAAAACGAAUUCAGACCGACCUGAAAUUCACACUUUACAGGGAAUCAUUAGCAAAUGGUCCAUCAGACGAAACAGCCAACGAGAAGACAAAGGCAAAACUGAAGACGAAAAUGUGACGCAGCGAGUUAUUCAAUCCGAUGAAAAUACAGAGAAAAAACAAUUACAUAAAGAUGUGCAAGAGGCUAUGGAAAAUCCAACAACUUUAAAAGAUGCAAUUCGCGCAAGUUCAGUCCCCAAAACCAAACGACAUCACAGUGUAAGAAUCGCAAAUAUUGCAACUACAUUACAAACAGAUCGCAAGGAGAAAGUUUCUCAUAAACACAAAGAAGUUGGAACAAGAAAAGCUGAAAACCCAUUUUUGAAAAAAAUUCUUGAAGCCAAAAAGUUAGGAGUUCUUGACGUUGAACAGGUAGUGGACCAGCAACCACAACCACAGCAAAAACAUCCAACUAAAGGGAAGAGACGGAUUAACAAGGCCAAAAAAACUAUUAUUGAACUUGAUGAAACUGCCCUAAAUGAGGAAAGUGGACAGUUGCAAAGAGAAGAUUCUUUAUCAUCAAAUUGGUCUGAAACUAUUCCUGUUAUAACAAUUAGCAAAACGAAUAGCGACGAUAAGUUAAUUGAAAAAGGCGGUGCAACAUCUCCAAAGUUUGAACAAAGAUAUAAGCAUUCCGCUGAUAACAAACCACCCCCUAGAAGGGAUAAUGAUUCCAAACUAAGAACGAAAAGAAGAUUCGUUUUCCAUAGUGAAGAUUACGAAACUUCCAGUGAUGAAAACUAUAGCAAUAAAACCAAAGACAGUGAUGACACAUAUAAAAAUUCUCAAUCUUUAGCUGAUGAUCUCGGCCAAAUAAACAAAUCGACUUCAUUUCGUCCCAGAAUAAAAUGCGCGUUGAAAAAGCAAGUUAAUGCCAUAGACGAAGAUGUAAUAAUUCACUUCGGACAGGAUCUACAAAGAGCUGAAGCUGAAAAGCAAAUGAUUUUAGAAUUGGCAAAUACAAAAAUCGAAGAUUACUCGUUUCCCUCAACAUCACAACGGGAAACUACUUUCAUUGGGCGCUCAGACGACGAUUUAUCUGAAAUAUUCGACGAUGGAUGUUCUUCAAAGAUGGACGCGGAAAGUAAAUCAGACGGAUCUACUUCUGAAGAAACAGAAGUCAGAGAUGAUAACAGUGUUGACACCAUACUGAACUCGCCGUAUUAUGAAGAAGAUCACAUAGCCGAACAGUCUGUAGAAGAACAGGAAAUGAGCCAUAUUGAGAGUGUUUCGUUACUAGCUGAUGUUAGGGCUGAUGAAAAUCCGGAGGUGGUUAACAAAGAGUCUUCGGAAAUGGACGGCAAUGACUCAACAAACUUGCAACGGCCUUCAAUGAGGAGCAGUAGCAGAAGUCAGACAGAGUCUAGUUCUUGCUAUUACGAAUAAAAACCAAUUUUCCUUUAACUUUAGAAUACGUUACGCUUCGUGUCCAGUUAUGUUCAAUGCUGCAAUUUAAGCUGAAUUAUUGAUUUUAUUUAAAAUUUUAAAUUGUACAGUUUUUAUUAAAAAAAAUUGUGUUGGCAUAA